AUGAAACAGUUGUCCCUGCUCCUCUUUACACUACUGUGUUUAUCAUGUAUUACUAGCAGUACCAAUGCAUCCGUAGUGGGUGUCACAACAGUACCAGAAGACGGCUAUGUGGAAGGCCAAAAAGUGAAAAAGCUCGUGACACUGUCGGAAGUAUCCUUUCGUCGCGCGCGUCACGAUACGGCCAAUCCGAUCUUUCUGUACAUGUUUGGUGCCUAUUGGUGUGGUCAUUGCAAACGACUGACACCCAUUUUGGAAGCCACGGCGCCGCAAGUGGCCGGUCGCAUUGCCAUUGGUAAAAUCGAUUGUACCGACGACAAGCGGCUCUGUGAAGAAUUUGGAGUAAGAGGAUAUCCUACUUUGAAAUACUCGCUAGAUGGAAUUCUGUACGAUUAUACGGGUGGACGCAGUGAAGAAGACUUUGUCGCAUUUGCCGAACGGCUGAGUCGUCCCGUCAUGACCAUUGUCGAUUCGGUCGAACAAGCCAACAAGUUCACACAAGAUCAAACGUACGGACACGGCGUAUCCUUUGUCUGUCACGAUCCUCGUAAAACCGUGGCGGCGCCCGCUUCGACGUUGACAGUAGAACAAUUGGCGGCCACCAGUCCCAUUUAUAAAGUCUGCAAACAAGCGGCUCGCAAAGAAUUGGCACACGCCCACUUCUCCGCAUUGACGGCACGCAUUGAUACCAGUGCUAUUACGGGAGUUCCCUCCUCCGUUGUGGCCGAUGAUACUGAUAGUGGCGCCACACAAGAUUUGGAUGCGCCUCCACCAACUCCACUUCAAAAAGGAGGAUUUGUCUGUCGACUCGAAGCCCACGUCCCGUCGCGCUGUUUACUAGAACAACACACCAUGAUUGAUGUCGAAUCCGUAUUGGAAUUUGUCAAACGCAACAAUGUCGCCACAUUGACGGAAUUCGGACCGCACAAUUUUCAUCGCAUUGGACGACUCGGACGACCCCUCGUCAUUGGUGUUGUGGACAAACGCCAAGAAGAAAUCAUGGGGCGAAUACAAAAAGAGCUAGAGUCGUUUGCCAUUAAUGGCCCCGCUCGAUUGACCAAUGAAAAAUAUUACUUUGGUUGGAUGGACGGUGUUCGAUGGGCCAAUUUUCUCGAACAAUUUGAUGUCCAACAAACAGAAUUGCCACAAGCAUUCGUGUUGGAUGUCCCGCGACGCUUGUAUUGGCAAGAUUCGUAUUAUCGAGAAAAGACAUUGCAAGCGUUCUUGACCGCCAUUGACGAUGGAUACAUUCGACCCAAAGAAUCGCGCGGUGUUCGGGGUGCCGGAUUGUUUGGAUGGAUUUUUUCGGGAUGGACAUUGUUGUUACUCCUUAUUGGGGCGGCGGGAGCUGUAGUGGUGCUAUCGCCGGAUGCACAAGGGCUCCUGGGUGGUGGUGGUAAAAAGAAGAAAAAGGAUGGCGGUGGAUCGCAAGGAGGACACGAUGCGUUGCUGGGGAAAAAGAAUCAAUAA